CCAAUUUUCUUGACAGUGUAUUUCCUCUUGAAUAUCAUUCUGAUUUGGUCCCUUUGAAUGUCAGCUUAUUAACUGUGGACCACAGAGCAGGCAGUGAGGAAAGAGCACCCCAGAACAGACGACUCCUCACAACUUUGAGCGGCUGCGGAUGUGGGCAAAACAGAGAAUCAAGCCUCUUCAAACUCACCCCCAAGCCAAUGAUGCAACAGAUGCAAAUACCAGAGUCAAUAUCCAACUGUCCACCUGGAUUGGAAUAUUUGAGUCAGAUAAAUCAGUUACUCGUAUGUCAACAUUCUGAUCCUCUGGAAGUCCUCAGACAUUUUGAAACUAGUAAAAAAUAUGAAGUCAUGAACAAUCAAGGGCAGAGAAUUUAUUUUGCAGAAGAGAAAAGUAAUUGUUUUCUGCGACACUUCUGUGGACCUACAAGGCCUUUUACCAUGACAAUUUAUGAUAAUGUAGGCCGUGACGUCAUUACUAUGCAUAAAGCUCUAAGAUGUAGCUGCUGUUGCAGUAAAGCCUGCCUACAAAAGCUAAAAGUUGAGGCUCCACCUGGUGAAACAAUAGGAUAUGUUCAUCAGUACUUUCACCCAUUUGUGUCAAUGUUUAAAAUAAAAAGUGAGAAUAAGGAAGAUGUAAUGAAAAUCAGAGGGCCAUGUGUGGUUUCCAGCUGUCUCAAGGAUCUAAAUUUUAAUGACUACAUGUACUUUGAACUCUGGUCAUAAGAAUCAGCCUGAAAGAGUAUGUCAGAGAUUAUUAACACAUACUAAGUUUUGCCAGCCCUCAGGUAAACUG